AUGUCAACCAGAUCGGCCACAAAAGCGGGUACACCGGCUCCUAUGGAUCUGCACGGCGAAUUUCUGAGCAACUGCAACGAUGAGGGCGAGGCCCCCUCCGUCGCCGGCAGCACGCAUUCGGCGUCCAUUCGAUUUGUCAACAAGGCCAAGUCCAGCGGGUCUAAGGACCGUUUCCGUCACGGCGAAUUUACGGAGGGCGACAUGUACUCCGCCAAACCAGUAUGGCAGCAGUUGAACGAAAUUGAGAGCACGUGGAACAUGCAAUUCCGCCGCAAGGGCCGCGUCGAAUCCCAGCGCGCCAUUACGAAGGCCAAGAAGUGCGUGGAGGCGCUCGAUGCUGUAGAGGCCAACGACUCCCGUUUGGUGAACAUCGAUAGCUUCCGCGAAGUGGGUGGUGUCGACCGCAAUGACGCUACGGCACCAGCUGAGUUCCUCUCAUCGGUUACCCAUCGGGCCCCGCCAUCCCCAGAUCAGAAAAGCGGCCCACCAGACAUACAUCCAGCGUCAAACCCCAACACUAAACGUAUGCAAUCUGUGGUGGGAGACGGGUACAAGAACGCUCCAGUACGCGUCGGUAAGGGAGGAGCCGCGGCUCCGGCCACUGCAGGCACGUCGCUGAGUGGCAACCGUUGGAUGGAUCGGGGUCAUGCGUCGUCUACUGUCCCGCCAGGAGGCCUUUUGGUGAACGAUCUGCACCUGCCGGGUGACCAGUACUACGAGGCCGUGUCCCUCGAUGAUGACGGAAGCAAGGGCAUAUCCGUGAGCGCCAAAGAGCUCAACUUGAGCCCUGAAGAGGAAAAGCUACGCGCCAGCCUGGCUCCAUCUGUGUUGUUUGACCACCUGCUGAACGAUUCUGAACGUUCAGUUGUGGAGGGCAUUUUCGGCAACAAGCCUGGCGUGAUCGACGCCGCCACGCCAGCGGCAGUGAUCGAGUCCGAGACCAAGCUGGAGCCCGAAACCUGGCUUAACAUGAACCCGGCCCAUAUAGUGCUGCAGCAGUCGAUUUUGAAGUGCCGCUCAUCAUCACAAAUUCUGAUUGCUAUUGGCGACAAGCUGGACAAGUUGAACGCCGUGAACGCCUCAACUGCGCUGCACCGGCUGGCUCGUCACACGACCUCGUAUUCGCGCUACAGCCUCACCAGCAACGAGACGUUCACUCGCUUGCUGGCUGUGCUCGAACGUCACUUGCUGGAUCUCGACAGCCAGGGUCUAACCAACGUGCUAUGGUCGUUGGUGCGCCUGGGUGUCCAGCCCAAUUGGCUGGAUGCGCUUCUUGCCACCCUCAACAACCACGCCAACGACCUGACCCCGAGUGAGCUUGCGAGCUGCCUGUUCGCAAUGUCGAAGCUGCCGGUGAAGACUGCCACCAGCGUGGACCUGCGUGAUCGUGUCAUUGCGCUGGCGCAGGAACGCGUGUCCCACUUCAAGCGCCCCCUCGACCUCACGUGCAUCGCCACCGCCCUGGCUCGCCUGAACGUGCGUAACCCGGUGCUGUUCGGCCGCAUAAGCAGCUCGGUGCUGGCCGUGGUGAACGACUUCACGUUGCAGCAGUUGUGUGGGAUUGCGUGGUCGUUUGCCUCGCUGGGGUUCACCGACCGAGCUUUGUUCGCUCGCAUCCGCCAGUUUCUGGAGGAGCACGCCGGCGCCGGCAACAUGCACGACGUGGUGCACCUCGCGUGGGCGCUUUCCAAGGUGCGUGAAGCCGACAGAGAGGUGUUCCUGUGCACCAUAUCUCCGCUAGUGCGCGCUCACGUGUCGCACUUGACGUGCCGUGACAUAACCACGGUGGCGUGGGCGUUCGUGAACGCGGAGAUUGAUGACCCUGACCUGUUCGAGGACCUCGCGUGCGCGUUGCAGCACCACGUGGAUGAGAUGGGAACUCACGACGUGGCCGCAGCGGUUGCGGCGUUUGCGCACAUGGAGGAGUCGCACAAGGCGCUUUUCAAGAAGAUGCGCAACCGCGCGCUUCUGAUGGCCAGCGAGUUCACCCCUCUGCAGCUGGCAAAGAUUGUGCGCGGGUUCUCCUCGGUUGCGGACGAGCGGUUCUACGGCCAGCUAUGCCGCUCCAUAGAGGGCAAGGUGCACCUGAUGCUCCCCGAGAACGUCGUCGAGGUCUUGAUGGGCUUGACCGAGGCGGGACACGUGCCCCCCGCGCUGCUCAAGCAGCUGCUGACAGCGGUUUCGUCCGGUGUUCGCAAGAUGUACGCCGAGGACUGUUUGCUCCUGUUCCAGGUGGCGCUGCGGUUGAAGCGCGACUGCACCGAGCGCGCCACCAUCUCGACGCUGGACAAGCUACAGCACGCUCUCGUUGAGCAGAUAGAAGCGCGCGUCGGCCGCUGGAAGUGCUACAAUAUAUCGCACAUUACCUCGUACUUUGAGUGUUUGAGCGGCAUGGGCAUCGGCGGUUCCAAAGGCGACUCCAGCGUACGGAUUUUGUCGAAGCAACUCUCCGCGUGCCUCAACCGUCUCGGCACUGCGAAGCUACCUACUUCAGAACGCAACCACGCCUUCGGUUCAUUCAUCUCCGCCUGCGCGAGCCUGCCGCCUCGCAAGCUUGCCGUGUUCCAGGCAGAGCUGUCGAAGAGCCCGGAGCUAAUGGCGUCGAUGCACAAUUGCGUGGCCGCGCUGCGUAGCGGCGACUACCUGGCAAGCGAAUCGUCCCCGAUAUCGCGCACAGACGCCUGUUACUGUCUGGUUCGCAUGGGCUACUUGGAUGACGGCGUGGUGUCACUGUGCGACGAGCUGGUGGAGUCGUACUCCGACCCGGAUGAGCUGGACCUAUCUGACCCUAAGACUUUGGACCAUCUAUCCAAGACGAUAUGGCUACUCAUGGAAUGCAACCUGCACGUGGCUUGGGUCCGUGACCGGCUGCGUGCCGUAUCGGAGUCGCAAUUCACCCCCUCGGCCAGCGACUCCCUGAUUCGUCUGCUGUGGUCAUGUGCCGUUUUGGGCGAGGAUGCGCUGCUCAUGAGCAUGUUGCCCAGAUUCGUGCCGGUGUUCGAGCGCCUGCCGGAGGACAUGCUGAGCGCCCAGCAAGUGGCCCUGCAUGUGCUGCGUUGUUUGCCAGUGGACACUGACACCUCGAAUGGCCACUCCAAGUUGGAACCCGGUGACCCCAACAACUCCCAAUCUAAUGCAGUGGUCAGCUGCACCGGCGAGCGUUACUUGAUCUCGAGCGAGGUGCACAACACGCUGGUUGAGUGGCUGGACUACCAGAGGGACGACCUGUUCACCGUGACGCCCGGCUCUCGCAAAAAGCGCGCCCUCGAGCUGGACUACGACGCGGUCUUGUCAGAGACGUUGGUAUCGAUGAAGAUCCCGCACAAGACCGUCCACACUGUGGCCAAUGUCUACCGCGUGAGCGUCUCUUUCCCGAUGGAGAACCACGUGCUUGACGUUUUGAGUUUCACGGAUUGCUUCGUGCCGCAUGGCCAGCCACGCUCCCGCGCACUGCUGCGGCAGCGCCAGCUGCAGCUGCUGGGCUACGGCGUGGCGUCGGUGAAUUUGGGCCACGUCUACGCCGCAUCUCGCGAGGGCUCCUGCAAACCGCUCGUUGCCAAGGCCAUUAGCGGCUUCGUCGAAACUGCGGCGGACUACCUCCCGGCCGCUCCGCACUGA